AUGGGGUCUAUGGAGCAGACGAUUCUGGUGACCGGCGGGGCGGGGUUUAUUGGGAGCCACACGGUGGUUCAGCUUCUCGAAGCAGGGUUUAGGGUUUCCAUCCUUGAUAAUCUUGACAAUUCCGUCAUUGAAGCUGUUGAUCGCGUUCGAGACUUGGUCGGCCCUAAGCUCUCUCAGAAGCUCCACUUUCAUUUGGGUGAUCUCAGACAUAAGGACGAUUUGGAGAGGCUGUUUUCUCAAACAAAAUUUGAUGCUGUGAUCCACUUUGCUGGCCUGAAAGCUGUAGGAGAGAGUGUUGCUCACCCACGCCGUUAUUAUGACAAUAAUUUGGUUGGCACUAUUAAUCUCUAUGAGGUCAUGACAAAAUACAACUGUAAAAAGAUGGUUUUCUCAUCAUCUGCAACUGUUUACGGGCAACCUUCAAAAAUUCCUUGUGUUGAGGAUUUUGACCUUGUAGCUUUGAAUCCAUAUGGCCGUACAAAGCUUUUCCUUGAAGAAAUUGCUCGAGAUAUACAUAUAGCAGACCCAGAUUGGCAAAUUAUUCUACUGAGGUACUUCAACCCUGUCGGGGCUCAUGAGAGUGGGCAAAUUGGUGAAGAUCCCAAAGGCAUCCCAAACAACCUCAUGCCUUACAUACAGCAAGUAGCUGUUGGAAGAUUGCCUGAGCUUAAUGUUUAUGGUCAUGAUUAUCCCACCAAGGAUGGUACUGCGAUCAGAGACUACAUUCAUGUUAUGGACUUGGCAGACGGUCAUAUUGCUGCUCUUCAGAAGCUUUUUACUACAGAGAAUCUAGGAUGUGUUGCCUACAACCUGGGAACUGGACAAGGUACGUCGGUGCUUCAAAUGGUUGCUGGCUUCGAGAAGGCUUCUGGCAAGAAAAUCCCCAUCAAACUAUGCCCAAGGAGGCCGGGAGAUGCUACUGCUGUUUAUGCUUCAACAGAGAAAGCUGAAAGGGAACUCGGGUGGAAGGCAAAAUACGGAAUAGAAGAGAUGUGCAGGGACCAAUGGAAGUGGGCGGUAAACAAUCCACGAGGUUACCAGUCCAAGUAUUGA